UAGUGUCUGGUUAUAGUUCAUCACAACACCCACUUGACUCCACAUCCAUUAAAUACUCCACUAAUCUCCACCGUUCAACUCUUACCACGACUCUCAAAGCAUAAACUUUCCCUAUUCCCAGACUACCCCUAAUCCCCCCUUCUUCUAGCUCCCUUCUCCGCCGUCACCGCUUCCCUACGUUCCCUCCUUUUGCCCAGUUUACCGUUACCUUCUAGUUAACUCACCGCCCUAAACAAUCACUCCCAAUAACACCGAAAGCGAACUCUUUUAACUCUCAUUUCUCAAUGCAAAUAGUUUCUCUAUUCUCACCGGGAGGUAAUCAUAUGCACUUUCAGGGCUCCUCGUGCUUCCUUUCAAGCGCGCAAUAUUUAAGAGCUCUCACUCACCCUGUCUUUCUUCAAAUCGGAGCGAAACCCUAACCCUAAUUCUCAUGGCAGCAGUGCGAGAACGAAGACUCCCGCAACUAACCCUACCCUUAGGUCUCCCCGCCGAUGGCCGUGGAUCACGACUCCACCUCCCUCCGCUGCCGCCUCCGGCGUCUUCAUCAGAGCACCAUUUCUCAGACUUCGAUAAGCUCGAAGUCCUUGGCCAUGGCAAUGGCGGCAUUGUCUACAAGGUAUGCCACCGCAUCACCGCCGCCAUCUACGCCCUCAAAGUCCUCAACGCCGGCGAUCCUCAAUCCCGCCGCCACGCCGCCAGAGAGGUCGAGAUCCUGAGGCGCGCCGCCGAUCACCCCUCUGUCGUGCGCUGCCACGGCGUCCUCCCCGCCCCAUCCGGUGACGUCGCCGUUCUCCUCGAGCUCAUGGAUUUCGGGUCCCUCGAUUCGCUCCAACUCCGCCGCCAAGCCCAACCGAUCCCUGAACCCGCUCUCUCGGCCAUCGCUCGCCAGGCUCUCCUUGGUCUCUCCUACCUCCACUCCCUCCAAAUCGCUCACCGAGACAUCAAACCUUCGAAUCUCCUCAUCAACGCCGCCGGGGAGGUCAAGAUCGCCGACUUCGGAGUCGGCAAGAUCGUCCGGCGAGCUCUAGACAAGUGCGUCUCCUACGUCGGCACCUGCGCGUACAUGAGCCCAGAGAGGUUCAAUCCCGCGGCGCAAGGCGGCGCCGGCUACGAUGGCUACGCCGGGGACAUUUGGGGUUUAGGGCUGACGAUAAUGGAGCUGGGGAUGGGUAGGUUCCCGUUGCUUCCGCAAGGAGAGAGGCCGGAUUGGGCGGCGCUCAUGUGGGCGAUAUGCUUCGGUGAGACGCCGGCGAUUCCUGAUUCGGUCGAGGCCUCACCGGAGCUGAGGGACUUCGUGUCGCAGUGCUUGCAGAAGGAUGCGGCGAAGAGGUGGACGGUGGCGCAGCUCCUCGAUCACCCUUUCGUCUCCGGGAAGGACCGAGCAUCGCCGGAGCUCGCCGUCCGGGAACUGUUGGUUGACUUGGACUGUGACUCGCCAUGACUCGGUUUCAUUUUUCCCACAGUUAAAGUUAGUUUUGCAUGGUGCACUGGUGGUAUUUCAGGCGUUUAGAUUUUAUUUUUUAUUUAUUUGUGGAUUAAAAAAAGUAGAUUUGUUUAGUUUGAUAUAUAUAUAUAUAUAUAUAUGUGGAAUAAUAUGAACUUUGUUAGGCAAAGUAAAUAAGUAAAAUACUUGUAAAUGAGAUAAAUUGUUAUAUGUUGCA